UAUUAUUCGAGUGCAAAGAGGAAUUUCUGUAGAAAACAGCUGGCAGAUUGUGAGGAGAUACAGUGACUUUGAUUUGCUGAACAACAGCUUACAGAUUGCAGGCUUAAGUCUACCUCUUCCUCCCAAGAAGCUGAUUGGUAACAUGGAUCGUGAAUUCAUAGCUGAGAGGCAGAAAGGUCUUCAGAACUAUCUCAACGUUAUCACGACAAACCAUAUCUUAUCUAAUUGUGAGCUGGUUAAGAAGUUUUUAGAUCCAAACAACUAUUCCGCAAACUACACUGAGAUUGCCUUGCAACAGGUUUCCAUGUUCUUCCGGUCAGAGCCAAAGUGGGAGGUGGUAGAACCAUUGAAAGACAUAGGUUGGAGGAUAAGAAAGAAAUAUUUCUUGAUGAAGAUUAAAAAUCAGCCAAAGGAACGGCUAGUGUUAAGCUGGGCUGACCUCGGCCCUGACAAGUAUCUAUCAGAUAGAGAUUUUCAGUGUCUAAUCAAACUUCUGCCUUCCUGUUUGCAUCCUUACAUUUAUCGGGUUACCUUUGCCACAGCUAAUGAAUCCUCAGCAUUGCUAAUUAGGAUGUUUAAUGAAAAAGGAACUCUGAAGGACCUGAUCUACAAGUCAAAACCAAAAGACCCAUUCCUAAAGAAGUACUGCAACCCCAAGAAGAUUCAAGGCCUUGAACUCCAGCAAAUAAAAACCUAUGGGCGACAAAUAUUAGAGGCACUGAAGUUUCUACAUGACAAGGGGUUUCCUUAUGGGCAUCUUCAUGCCUCCAAUGUGAUGCUCGAUGGGGACACCUGCCGGCUGCUGGACCUGGAGAAUUCCUUAUUGGGCCUGCCUUCCUUCUACCGAUCUUAUUUCUCACAGUUCAGGAAAAUCAAUACAUUGGAAAGUGUGGAUGUCCACUGCUUUGGCCACUUACUGUAUGAAAUGACUUAUGGACGACCACCGGACUCUGUGCCUGUAGAUUCCUUCCCUCCUUCGCCAUCUAUGGCUGUGGUGGCCGUGUUGGAGUCUACGCUGUCUUGUGAAGCCUGUAAAAAUGGCAUGCCUACCGUCUCCCGCCUCUUACAGAUGCCACUGUUCAGUGAUGUUUUACUAACCACUUCUGAAAAGCCACAAUUUAAGAUCCCCACAAAGUUAAAAGAGGCAUUGAGAACUGCCAAAGAAUGUAUAGAAAAAAGACUAGUUGAAGAACAGAAACAGAUUCACCAGCAUCGAAGACUAACUAGAGCUCAGUCUCAUCAUGGAUCUGAAGAAGAAAGGAAAAAGAGAAAAAUCCUAGCUCGAAAGAAGUCAAAACGAUCUGCUGUUGAAAAUAGUGAAGAGCAUUCAGCAAAAUACAGCAACUCUAAUAAUUCAGGAUCUGGGGCCAGCUCACCUCUCACAUCCCCUUCCUCGCCAACUCCACCUUCUACAGCAGCUGCCUUAGGUUUGGGUAAAAGAUGUGAAAGAAGGGGUAUCUGCGUUACCUCCACUUCCUCCACCUCCGCCUCCACCUCCACCACCAGCAGUUCCCUUGCCUCCUGCGAGCACAGAGGCGCCCACACAGCUCCUGCCCCAGGCUGUGAAUGGCAUGAGCAGAGGGGCCUUACUCAGCUCCAUCCAGAAUUUCCAAAAGGGAACUUUGAGGAAAGCCGAAACCUGUGAUCACAGUGCCCCCAAGAUCAGCUAAAGCUUUGUGUAUACACUUGGAGGGAGAAGUUCUAUUCUUCCCCUCCCUAAGUACCCUCUUCCUGGAUGAAUUGCUGAGCCAGUACAACCACAUUUUGUAGAUGUUCACUUAUGAAGCUUUCAAGAAGGAAAUUUUCUUCAAGUAGAGUAAAGACAGGCUGGCUUUGCUACCUUAGGAAAUAUUUUGUUCCUUUAUUAAAGGAGUUUUGUUCAUCUUUUGAUGAGCAUCCUGAGGCAGCAGCAUAUUAAAAUCGGUAUUCAUAUGAACAUAUGAAAUCCAUGAAGGAAACAGACAAAAUAACAAAAACAAUGACAACAUUCAGAGUGAACGAACGGUCUGUGUGUUACAGCCCCUUCUAACCUGUCAGCUCCUAAAAUUGUUUCUCUCAUUGUUCAUUUCUCUAUCCUAAAGCAUUUUCCAGUUACUUCUUAGAUAUAAUUACCAUUUUUGCUACCUUAAUUUCAUCGUAGACAUUAACACUAUAGCCUGAAGCAUAGUUAUGUCAUUGAGUCAGAGACGCAGCUGAGCUCAUUUUCCUGGCAAACAGACGGGGAAGCUUGUAACAUUCUCUAAGUUCUAACAGGAAUGCCAUUAUGGUAAUAGCACCCAGGGCUGCUAAGGCAACUACUCUCGACUCAGAGUUCCUUUAAGUUAGAAAGUGCUGAAAAGACAAAACCUGGUAACAUCAGAAAAAGUUCUUGCCAACUAGAUCUUUUUAAUCCUCAGCAAUUAAGUCAAGUUUGGGGUGUGUGGGAAUAAUUAUUACAACCCAAGUAAAUUUGGCAUCUACAGAAAUCAGUUUUGGUUUUUGAAAGAUUUACCCAAAUACAUCAUUUUUUUAAUGUUACUCAUUUAUAGGGAAGACCCUUUAUCCUAUGAUUUGCUUAAACCCUUAAAUAAAUUGCACUUUAAAGGAUUAUAAAUAAUCCAUUUAAAAAUUCAAAUUACACACAUCAGUGUUGGUUACUAUGCAGAGAGAAUGUCAUUGUGUACAGUUUCAUGUAAUCUGUGAUAAAUGUUCAAUUGUAUUUUUUAUUAAAGUAAGCCAAGAAAAUGCGUUGUUUAUUGCUUGGCUUGGUAUUUUAAAUGAUAGCUUUUGUAGUGCUGCUUGUAAACAUAAAGAAUAGGUCCACAAAGUAUUUCUAAAGUUUCCUUCCCAUGUUGUAGUAUCUGUUUCCUUUGUCAUGUUCUCCCUCUUAAUAAGAGCUAACUAUCUUCCUAUUUAAAUUAGGGAUCACUUGUGUUUAUCAUCUUUUUUGACAAUGGGAAAAACCUGACAUGAAUUUUGAAGGAAACUAUUAUAACCAGGCCUGUAAAGAGUGUGUGGACAAAUUCCUGUUGUGUGAUGCAAUCUAGAUGACUGAUAAUUAGUGACUAGUUCCUGAUGGCACCAGUUUAGUAGAAUUUUACAACUUCCACUACACCUUUGUUAUUUCAAGAAUGUAAAAAGUCAGUAGGAAUUCUUUUAUUCCUUAUCAAAAAAAAAACAGUAAAUGUAGAUUAUAUGCUUUUAUUUUACAUACAUCUUUUUGGAUAUAUCUUUCAUUGGGACUCAGCCACAUUCAUAUCUUGUCCUUCUAAUCAAAAGGUGAAAGUUUACAUUAGUCUUAGUCAAAGAACAUGGUUACUGUAACAGACAAAAAAAAAAAGCAUGGAGCCCAGGGAAGGAGAAUGGAGCUUUCCA